AGGUACCCUGUGCUCGACAGCGACUGAGAAGGGGACUUCCCUCGCUGCUUAUCAAGGAGCAGCUCCUUCCUCCUCCUCCUCCUACGUCUCUGCUCUCAGUGGAGUUCACGUUCGAAGACCGCUUGUCCUUCUCCUCCUUAGCUUCCGUUUCUUCUCUCCCGUCUGGUUCCGUUUCCGCUCCCGCUCCCGCUCCUCCGUUGGUCAUUCAGAGUAAUGAGUGCUGCCGCAGCGCGUAAGGAGGCGACUUCCAUCGCCCCUUAUCAAGGAGCGUCCUCCCCUUCCUCCUCCUCCUCCCCGACUCAGAGUCCCGAUCCCGAUUCCAGGAUCGAUGCCACCUCGGUUACAGUAGAAGUUGCCGGCUCUACCACUCAGCCUAGUAACGUCCACUACUCUCAUCGAUCACCAUGGCUACGAGCUGGUGUGUUGGGCGCCAACGACGGACUUAUAUCCACUUCGUCCCUACUUCUAGGAGUAAGCGCCGUCGAGGACAACCAGUCGUCCAUCGUCUUUGCUGGACUCGCAGCAGUCGUUGCUGGAGCACUCAGCAUGGCGAUUGGAGAGUUCGUAUCUGUGUAUUCUCAGAGAGAUACCGAACAAGCAGACCUGGACAGGGAGAGAAUGGAACACCAGAUGGGCCCAGAAUCCCAAGCGCGGGAGCUGGAGGAGCUCGCACAGAUCUAUGUUAGGCGAGGUCUUCGGUACAGUCUGGCCAAGCAAGUUGCAGUGGAGUUAACACGGGUUGACCCCAUUCGUGCCCACGCCCGUGAUGAGCUGGGCAUUGACUUGGAUGACUUGGCGAACCCGUUUCAGGCAGCUGCUGUGUCAGCCAUUGCCUUUGGAUUAGGGGGUAUCAUACCUCUCCUCAGCUGUGCAUUCAUCUCCAAAUUCAAGGUCCGUACCGCUCUGUUGCUAUGUGUGACAACUGCCGCGUUAUGCGGGCUUGGCACCUUAGGGGCAAAACUCGGUGGGGCAACGAUAUGGCGAGCAGCAUUGAGGGUCACCGUUGGAGGAUGGAUAGCCAUGAGUAUCACCUACGGUGUGCUCAGAGUAUCUGGAACUGCGGUCUAAGGAGGGGCAUGGCUUCUAAACCGCAUCUAGUCGCAUCUGUCGCCCGAGCACACAGUUUACUUGCGUCACCUUUCGUAUUGCUUCAAAUCAGAUCCCAUGAACUUCUAUUUGUCGGAUCGUGAGGACCGAAUCAAGCCUUGCCUGUCCUCAGGGGAAAAUUGAACCUGUUGGACAAGAUCCGAUCACAUUAUUCAGGCGAGUCAAAACAUGUUUCACGCCCCAAAUCUGUCUCACUACCAUUUGCGGAUGCAGACAAGGGAAGUGGUGGAGGUCAUUGAGAAGGACCACAUGCCUCUUGCCUCAAGCAUUGCAGGGCUGGACUACAUCAACUGAAAGUUGAACUUCAUUGCAGUUUCUCCAGUGCAAGCACAAUGAGCAAGACAUGAUGACACAAGGCUCAAAUGAAGACACAAUGAGCAAAUGAAGGCACCAUCAUGCU